AUGGCAUGUCUAAGAUUGUAUGUUCUGUUACUCUUAGUUGCCAUAGCAAGAAGUCGAGAAUAUACAGAACCAAUAGUUAAGAUAGCCAAUGGUGAGAUAUUAGGUAAACCAAGAAUCUCUACGAAUGGCAGAAAUUUCGUAAGCUUUUUCGGUGUGCCCUACGCGAGCCCACCGAUUGGAAAAUUUAGAUUUAAAGACCCUCAGCCGAUGCAACCUUGGACUGGAAUAUGGAACUCCACACGUCUUCCCGCCGCAUGUCUUCAGUUUGAUCCUGCGAUCGAUAAAAUCAUAGGUAGCGAAGACUGUUUAUUUGUAAAUGUCCACACACCGAAACUAAACCCCAGUGCUCUUCUGCCCGUGGUAAUCUUCAUCCACGGUGGGUCAUUUGUUUUCGGAGCUGGAGGACAGUACGACGGUGUCUAUAUGAUGGACAGAGAUGUUGUCCUCGUGACAGUUAACUACCGUUUGGGACCGUUUGGUUUCCUCAGCACGGGUGAUACAAUCAUACCAGGCAACACUGGUCUGAAAGACCAGUCAUUCGCCUUGAAGUGGGUUCGCGAUAACAUCAAGGUGUUUGGCGGCAACCCUGAAAGCGUCACACUUACUGGUUGCUCAGCAGGUGCUGCUAGUGUGCACUACCACUACCUAUCGCCACUUUCUAAAGGUCUUUUCCACAGAGGAAUCGCUUUCAGUGGGGCAGCGUUUGCCUCGUGGGCGCAUUCUAUUAAGCCCGUGCAAAAAGCUAAAAAACUAGCCUCCCUCGUUGGUUGCGCUACCGUCAAUAGUCGUGACAUGGCUGAAUGCCUCAGAUCUAGACCUGGAGAAAUGAUUGUCAACGCUCAAUUCGAGAUGUUUUACUGGAGAGUGAAAUGGUACAGUAUAUUCACGCCCACAGCCGAGGAUCCUAACACAAUCAAUCCAUUUUUCACUCAUCACCCUUAUAUCGCAAGUCAAGCUGGUGCAAUGCAACAUCUUCCACUCAUCGCUUCUGUGACCUCUGAAGAAGGAUUGUAUCCCGCAGCAGCCUAUCAAAAAGAUCCUACUAUACUACCAGAGCUGGAGGCAAGAUGGGAAGAACUUGCUGUCAACAUAUUCGGGUUCAAUGACACCCUGCCUUUUAGUAUGCGCAGCCGUGUCGCCAAUAGGAUAAAGCAGCAGUACUUAGACGGCAGACCUGUCUGUCAGGACACAUUUGACGAGCUCGUUCGAGCUCUCGGGGAUCGUUUGUUCACUGCGGAGGUUGGCAAACUGGCACAAAUACACGCCACUCAAUCCCGCCAACCCACCUACUCCUACCGCUUCUCCUACAGCUGGCAGUAUAGCUUCUCCAACGUGAUGGCCCGAAACUAUGAAAACUAUGGAGUGUGCCAUUCCGAUGAUGUGAUACUGGUUCUUAAGUAUCUCCCAACGGAGACAACUUGUCCAGAAGAUCUACAGAUGAGGGCUGCCCUUCUCGAUAUGAUCUGUAGCUACGCUACGACUGGAGUACCAAAAUUGCCAACUGCCCCCAAAUGGAUAAAAGUUAAGCCGGUGCAAGAGGAAUUGUCUUAUAUGGAAAUAGCUGGACCGAAGGAUAUAAAAAUGAAAUCCAGUGCGGACUUCGGUAAAAAAACCUUUUGGGACAGUCUUGGCUUCAAUUAA